AUGCCGUCCCGAAUGGAAAUUGAAGAAGGCAGUGACAAUGAACGGGAUGGAGUAACUUCUACUGCUAAUGCAGUUGAUAAGGCACAGGAAGAAGGCGUUGAUGAAAACCAGACCAUCAACGAGGAAUAUAAGAUUUGGAAAAAGAACGCGCCGUAUCUGUACGACGUUGUCAUUACACAUGCGUUAGACUGGCCUACUCUCACCUGCCAGUGGUUCCCAGACCGAGAAGUUGUCCCAGGAAAGCCUUUUACAAAUCAUAGACUGCUGCUAGGAACCCAUACAUCUGGCCAGGCCCCCGACUUUGUACAAAUCGCGAGUCUCCAGCUACCAAAGCGUGAUGGUCUACCAGGAGAGGAGAACAUUGGAAAAGAUCAAUAUGAUGAGGAGAAAGGAGGCAAGUCCGUCGUCUUCGUUUACAUGUAA